UCUAGAGGAAGAGAGGGGGGCUUCCAGACUGGAUGGGCCCAGCGGUGCCUUGAUGGAGUAUGGGCCAGGUUCUUGGAUUCUCCCACUGCAGUGAGUGUCGGCUUUUGUCUGUCUGCCUGUCUUUAGCAUCCAUCUAUCUGUACAGCAUCUGUACUAGCCAAAUGCAUGGCCAUCGAUCUCCCCUCUCACUCUCUUUCUCUCCCUCCCUUGAUAAACAAAUGGUUGAACGGACGGAUGGAUGGAGUGCUGUAGCAGACACACCUCUUUCUUUUGUUUUGUAGAGACCUAUUGCAGAUGUCUAUGUGUGUUCUCAGGAUGUGUAGGCUAUGUGUGAGUGUUUUCAUUGACUGAGCAUUGGUUACAGUGGGGCAAAAAAGUAUUUAGUCAGCCACCAAUUGUGCAAGUUCUCCCACUUAAAAAGAUGAGAGAGUCCUGUAAUUUUCAUCAUAGGUACACGUCAAAUAUGACAGACAAAAUGAGGAAAAAAAAUCCAGAAAAUCACAUUGUAGGAUUUUUUAUGAAUUUAUUUGCAAAUUAUGGUGGAAAAUAAGUAUUUGGUCAAUAACAAAAGUUUCUCAAUACUUUGUUAUAUACCCUUUGUUGGCAAUGACACAGGUCAAACGUUUUCUGUAAGUCUUCACAAGGUUUUCACACACUGUUGCUGGUAUUUUGGCCCAUUCCUCCAUGCAGAUCUCCUCUAGAGCAGUGAUGUUUUGGGGCUGUCGCUGGGCAACACAGACUUUCAACUCCCUCCAAAGAUUUUCUAUGGGGUUGAGAUCUGGAGACUGGCUAGGCCACUCCAGGACCUUGAAAUGCUUCUUACGAAGCCACUCCUUCGUUGCCCGGGCGGUGUGUUUGGGAUCAUUGUCAUGCUGAAAGACCCAGCCACGUUUCAUCUUCAAUGCCAUUGCUGAUGGAAGGAGGUUUUCACUCAAAAUCUCACGAUACAUGGCCCCAUUCAUUCUUUCCUUUACACGGAUCAGUCGUCCUGGUCCCUUUGCAGAAAAACAGCCCCAAAGCAUGAUGUUUCCACCCCCAUGCUUCACAGUAGGUAUGGUGUUCUUUGGAUGCAUCUCAGCAUUCUUUGUCCUCCAAACACGACGAGUUGAGUUUUUACCAAAAAGUUAUAUUUUGGUUUCAUCUGACCAUAUGACAUUCUCCCAAUCCUCUUCUGGAUCAUCCAAAUGCACUCUAGCAAACUUCAGACGGGCCUGGAUAUGUACUGGCUUAAGCAGGGGGACACGACUGGCACUGCAGGAUUUAAGUCCCUGGCGGCGUAGUGUGUUACUGAUGGUAGGCUUUGUUACUUUGGUCCCAGCUCUCUGCAGGUCAUUCCCUAGGUCCCCCCGUGUGGUUCUGGGAUUUUUGCUCACCGUUCUUGUGAUCAUUUUGACCCCACGGGGUGAGAUCUUGCGUGGAGCCCCAGAUCGAGGGAGAUUAUCAGUGGUCUUGUAUGUCUUCCAUUUCCUAAUAAUUGCUCCCACAGUUGAUUUCUUCAAACCAAGCUGCUUACCUAUUGCAGAUUCAGUCUUCCCAGCCUGGUGCAGGUCUACAAUUUUGUUUCUGGUGUCCUUUGACAGCUCUUUGGUCUUGGCCAUAGUGGAGUUUGGAGUGUGACUGUUUGAGGUUGUGGACAGGUGUCUUUUAUACUGAUAACAAGUUCAAACAGGUGCCAUUAAUACAGGUAACGAGUGGAGGACAGAGGAGCCUCUUAAAGAAGAAGUUACAGGUCUGUGAGAGCCAGAAAUCUUGCUUGUUUGUAGGUGACCAAAUACUUAUUUUCCACCAUAAUUUGCAAAUAAAUUCAUAAAAAAUCCUACAAUGUGAUUUUCUGGAUUUUUUUCCUCAAUUGGUCUGUCAUAGUUGACGUGUACCUAUGAUGAAAAUUACAGGCCUCUCUUAUCUUUUUAAGUGGGAGAACUUGCACAAUUGGUGGCUGACUAAAUAAAUUUUUUCCCCACUGUAUAUGUGUGUGUGUGUGUGUGUGUGUGUGUGUGUGUGUGUGUGUGUGUGUGUGUGUGUGUGUGUGUGUGUUUGUGUUUGAGAGAGAUCAGGAUCAAAAAAGCUGUGUGUUGUUUUGCUGUCGUUGUGUCUCCUCACCUCCCUUCUGACGCCACAACCCUCCUGGUAGUCUCCAUCCACAUCGGCAGUCUUGGUUUAUUUUGUGUGUGUGUGUAUGCUGGUGUGUUCAUUUUAGUCAGGGCUACUUUCACAGUUGCCGGCUGCUUGAUUCAUUGGGUGAUCUGAGGCAGCAGGCUAGCUAAUGUAGUUAAGGCCUGCUCUGCCAGAGCUGAUCUGUACUGUAGGAAGUGGAACAUACUUAUCUGUUAGCAUAAUGUAUACAAACACUAAUGAAAUUGCUUUUAAAGACUUGGUAAUGGCUUAGAAAAAGGCUACUCAAAUGACGGGAUUCGAGCCAUGGAUUCUCCAAAAAAUUACAAAUGCAACCCUUUUAUUUACGCUCUCAAUCUCAUCUCAAUGUAUUGAGACACUAUAGAAAUACAUUAACAUUAUUGAAAGCAGGUAAUCUGUCUGAGAAUAGGCUAUGUGUGGUAUAAUGCUUUUGUGCACAAUGUAAUGCUUUUGAAUGUGAAACAAUGCUUUAGCAUGUGAUAUUGAGAGGAAAACUGUUACCUCGAUAGUGUCUGCCCUCUAGGCUUACGGUAUAUGCAAAUUGUCCUUGGCUAAAAGUUGCAGACAGAUAUAGAAGGAAGAGAGGAGUUGCAGACAUAGACGGUAUAGAACAGUCUCCAGUUGUUAAUCGGUUGUUAUUUUAGAUACAAAUUGUCUGUUUGAUACUGUACAUUUCACGACUGUGAUUGUGAUAGUUCCCUAGCCAAUGGAAAUAAACAUGUCUCUGAUUAAUGUUGUUAUUUUUCUUCCAGAGGAAUAUGGUUCUGUCUCCUCCACACCUGAUUCAACACCUCCCUGCACUGAAGGUAGCAUCACACAAUGCAUACACACUGUACAUGUAUAGAAAUGCAUGGUGUGAAUAAUUGAACUUCAUAUGUGAUAAUCAUAAUAUGAAAAAAUCAUACUAUGACAUGUCUACAGGCGUAAAGGUUAUAGUAGUAGGUAGAGGUUGAUUGUGUCCAUUUGUUGGUUUGAAUGCUUUUGUAGCCUUUUGGAAAAAUGAGAUCUGGAACAUUACUCCCAACAAAGGCGUUUUGCAUCUUUGGAUGUUGCCCUUUCAUUCAGACAAAGCAUGUUGCGUUUUACUGGGCUUUCAACUCAGCGCUCAAAAACAUCAGAGGAUUUGUAGAUGAGAAAGCAACGUCAAACGGCUCCUCCAUAGAUAUUAAAGUCACAGAACAUGUGAUAUGUUUAUGGAAUAAUAUUUUGUGCUUAUAUAGCUUUAUCUCCUAGGAUGAACGUUUUCACUGUAAUGGUUGAAGUUUAUAUCUAAGUUUAUAGCUUUUUUGUAAUGAAAACAUAUACAAUUUCAACAUAUAACAUUGACUCAGGACAGAAUAACAAAUAUACAAAUGCAAAAAUACUUAAAGAAAUAUAGGUUUUACUUUAAGGCUUUUCCUGUGCCUGUUCUCUCCAGGUGGGAAUGAGGAGUCUGAGCUGUGCGACCUGCAGACGGCCAGGGAGUGGUCUGACGAAGAAGCCGGGGGUCCGGAGGAUGAUGAUGAUGGUGGAGCUUCAUCCCCCUCCAUUUGGGGGACCCCGAGACAGAACUUCUUCGAGCCCACCUUCUCCUACAUCGCCAUCGCCGAGGCAGAGGCGGGCGGAGCCUCACGACAUCAUCGUGACUUAUCGUCAGGGAGCCGGCGGAGGAGCGGGGCCAGGGGAGGCCGCACUUUCCUGAGUCGCACGGACACCGUGGAGACACUCCUCCCACUGGACUCCCCCGACGUGGAGUGGGACCCCCACGCCUUCCUCGCCCGAGAGGAGGAGGAGAGGGAGUGGGAGGAAAGGGAAAGGGAGGUCCACAGACAGAUUGAGACAGUCCAGGCAUCUCUCCUAGAUGCUGAGAUUGAACCUCAGGAGAGGGACACAGAGACCCAGAGAGGGGAGACAGAGCCCCUGGAGCCCCAGCACUACAGUCCCUCAGAUAGCCACCAGGGUGAGCCCACUAUGGGGCAGUGGGGAUGGGGUGGGGCUAUCUAGAUGGGAGGGUAGAUGGGAUCAGGUUAGAUAUACCUGCAUGGAGCUACAUAUAUAAAAGCAGAAGCUUCUGCAUAUUUUCUAGCCAUUUAAAUCACACAGUGGGCGAGGAUAUUGCUCGAGGGUAAAUGGGUGUAAACUCUAUGUUUGAAAAUGGGAGGCGUGUCCCAUUUGAUGGUACAUAACUGUGACAGGACCAUGGCUUACACACAACACAACUGAGUUGAGCUAAUACUGCCUGUGUGUGUGUGUGUGUGUGUGUGUGUGAGUGUGUGUGUGUGUGUGUGCGUGUUAGUCACACACCAUGACCACAGAUGAAGUCAGACACCACUGUGCUUUAGACUCCCUGGACAGCAUGCUCUCUCCUGGUCUGUAGGAUCAGGAUGAGUACAUUUGUUAAUGAGAUUGCUAAAUCACUGUUCAUUGUAUAGUUGGUGAGGCUAAGGUAAAUACUUACAUUGUUAGAUAAAUUCAAUUUUUAGUUGAUCUAAUACAACCUGGUUGUAGACUAACUUGAUGCAGGGUGAUGACAUCAUCACAAUGACCUUGUGUUCUGUUUCUCAGCAGCAUCAUCACUCCCUGAGCCUGAGUCCCUCGUAACCAUGGAAACCACAGUCACACUGCUCACGGCUGUGCAACCAAGAGGCGGCCUCACCGAUGACGUACCAUCCACUUCCUCCACCUCCAUUGGUCGAAACACUCAGGAAGAGCUGGUCAGCGAACAGUGGUUUUCAGAGCUCAACCUAUCAGGCCCUACAAUAUGCACCCACAUAGCAGGUAACGUUUGUAGCACAUCUUAUCUCUUUUUAUGUGACUUUCCUAUCUUGGAACUACCUUUACAUUUUGAGCAUCUACCAUCCCCCGCCCUUGCCCAAAUCAUUCUAUUUGACUUCUACUACAUUAUCUUACGUCAGAUAGCAAGUCUGCACUGAUAGUUCAUGGCAACAUGGUCAUGUUAGAAUGACGCCAUCUGUCGGAAGACAGUGACCCCUACGAUGAUACCUCACUUCCAACCCCUUCCUUGAUAUGUUGCUGAGAGCACAAAGCCUUCCUCAAUCAAUCCUUUUCAAACAAUACUGAAAAUAUACAUUUCCCUCUCACUGCUUGAGUGACAUGGACCCUGGAAUAUAUUCCGCUGUGAGCCCUGAGUGUUACAUUGUGUCUCCAUGGCAACAUUCCCUUGGGAUUCCGAGGGGUAAUGGGCUAAUUGCACCAAAAAUCUGUCUGUAUUCCUGGUCUGUCUGUAUUGUAUGUAUGUCUGCUCGGAAACACACACUGACACUCCAAUCUUUCCGUAUCCCUUGGAUCACUGUACACAUGAUAAAGAGAAUGUGAGACAGGGGAGGGAGAGAGAGGGAGAGGGAGAGGGAGAGGGAGAGGGAGAGGGAGAGGGAGAGGGAGAGGGAGGGAGAGAGGAGGGGAGGGAGAGAGAGAGAGAGAGAGAGAGAUGAGAGAUGAGAGAGAGAGAGAGAGAGAGAGAGAGAGAGAGAGAGAGAGAGAGAGAGAGAGAGAGAGAGAGAUUGAUAUUUCAUAUCUCUCUCUCUAUCUUCUCUGGCCUCCAUGACUCUUCAAGGGGGGCACCACUCAACAUGGACCACCAGCAUAUCUUCCAAUCUUAUUAUAGUUGGUGGACUGGGGGGUGGCUGGGCUGGGUGGACUGGGGGCUGGGUGUAGUGUACUGUCCACUCCCCCUCACACUGGCCAUGGGUGAUUAAUGGCUGGUCAAGCUGUUGACAAGCUUUAAGGGUUUUCUAGAUAUCAUGUAAAGCAAACCAUCUGGUUUCUCUAUCAGAACGGGGCUGAAUGUGUCAGAACAUAUUUUACUCCCCAUGUUUAUUGUGAGGUUAGACUAGACGGUUACAGGUUAGACUACUGCUAUGCAUAUCUGAAAUAUAUGAGGCUAUUUGAGCUAUCGUCUGCACUCACUUACAAAAAAAGGUGCUAUCCAGAACCUAAAAGGGUUCUUCGGCUGUCCCCAUAGGAGAAGCCUUUGAACAACCCUUUUUGGUUCCAGGUAGAACCCGUUUGGGUUCCAUUAGGGUUCUACAUGGAACCCAAAAGGGUUCUACCUGGGUUCUACAUGGAACCCAAAAGGGUUCUACCUGGAACCAAAAAGGGUUAUCCUAUGGGGACAGCCGAAGAACCCUUUUGGAACCCUUUUUUCUAAGAGUGGGUACUUACCGGUAGGACGGUACUGUCUGUAUGUCACAAUAAUGUGUUUUUACUUCUAUACCUGCUCCUUUGUUAGCUGUUGUCUGUUCUGUCUCUGCUUACAUAAGUGUGUUGUGUAAUUCUCUGUCUGUGUCCGUUUCCGUGUCUGUGUGAGUGUUUUUCUCUGAAUGGGUUUGUUUGCCUGUUACCUUUGUCUGUGGGUCUCUUUGCGUCUCUAGUGGUUUUGUUUGUUCUCCAUGUUAUCCAGCUAUGGCUAUCUAUGUACAGUGGGGAGAACAAGUAUUUGAUACACUGCCGAUUUUGCAUGUUUUCCUACUUACAAAGCAUGUAGAGGUCUGUAAUUUCCAGAAAUCCAGAAAAUCACAUUGUAUGAUUUUUGAGUAAUUAAUUUGCAUUUUAUUGCAUGACAUAAGUAUUUGAUACAUCAGAAAAGCAGAACUUAAUAUUUGGUAUAGAAACCUUUGUUUGCAAUUACAGAGAUCAUACGUUUCCUGUAGGUCUUGACCAGGUUUGCACACACUGCAGCAGGGAUUUUGGCCCACUCCUCCAUAUAGACCUUCUCCAGAUCCUUCAGGUUUUGGGGCUGUCGCUGGGCAAUACGGACUUUCAGCUCCCUACAAAGAUUUUCUAUUGGGUUCAGGUCUGGAGACUGGCUAGGACACUCCAGGACCUUGAGAUGCUUCUUACGGAGCCACUCCUUAGUUGCCCUGGUUGUGUGUUUCGGGUCAUUGUCAUGCUGGAAGACCCAGCCACGACCCAUCUUCAAUGCUCUUACUGAGGGAAGGAGGUUGUUGGCCAAGAUCUCGCGACACAUGGCCCCAUCCAUCCUCCCCUCAAUAUGGUGCAGUCGUCCUGUCCCCUUUGUAGAAAAGCAUCCCCAAAGAAUGAUGUUUCCACCUCCAUGCUUCACGGUUGGGAUGGUGUUCUUGGGGUUGUAUUCAUCCUUCUUCUUCCUCCAAACACCGCGAGUGGAGUUUAGACCAAAAAGCUCUAUUUUUGUCUCAUCAGACCACAUGACCUUCUCCCAUUCCUCCUCUGGAUCAUCCAGAUGGUCAUUGGCAAACUUCAGACGGGCCUGGACAUGCGCUGGCUUGAGCAGGGGGACCUUGCGUGCGCUGCAGGAUUUUAAUCCAUGACGGCGUAGUGUAUUACUAAUGGUUUUCUUUGAGACUGUGGUCCCAGCUCUCUUCAGGUCAUUGACCAGGUCCUGCCGUGUAGUUGUGGGCUGAUCCCUCACCUUCCUCAUGAUCAUUGAUGCCCCACGAGGUGAGAUCUUGCAUGGAGCCCCAGACCAAGGGUGAUUGACCGUCAUCUUGAACUUCUUCCAUUUUCUAAUAAUUGCGCCAACAGUUGUUGCCUUCUCACCAAGCUGCUUGCCUAUUGUCCUGUAGCCCAUCCCAGCCUUGUGCAGGUCUACAAUUUUAUCCCUGAAGUCCUUACACAGCUCUCUGGUCUUGGCCAUUGUGGAGAGGUUGGAGUCUGUUUGAUUGAGUGUGUGGACAGGCGUCUUUUAUACAGGUAACGAGUUCAAACAGGUGCAGUUAAUACAGGUAAUGAGUGGAGAACAGGAGGGCUUCUUAAAGAAAAACUAACAUGUCUGUGAGAGCCGGAAUUCUUACUGGUUGGUAGGUGAUCAAAUACUUAUGUCAUGCAAUAAAAUGCAAAUUAAUUACUUAAAAAUCAUACAAUGUGAUUUUCUGGAUUUUUGUUUUAGAUUUCCGCUUCUCACAGUUGAAGUGUACGUAUGAUAAAAAUUACAGACCUCUACAUGCUUUGUAAGUAGGAAAACCUGCAAAAUCGGCAGUGUAUCAAAUACUUGUUCUCCCCACUGUAUAUGUCAACAUGUGUCUGUGUCUCAAGGUUUGUCUCUGUCUCAGUCAAUAUACAGUAUGUGCAUGUACUAAAUGUGUGAAUAAGUGAAUAUAUUGGGUAUCCAUCUUACAGUAUCUCUAUAUCUAUCUGUCUAUCUACAUUGGAGUCUCCAUUAGUCUUGAGGGGGGCGGGCCCUAUUGGGCAGAUCAUUUUUGGCUGAAAGGUCUCUGUACUGCUGACGGGGCAGGGGAGGCCAAAAACAGCUCAGAGUGGCAGGGAGAGAGCAGGGGGACUGAGAGAGAGUCAAAGAGAGAGAAGGGGGGAUCGCCUGAGCAGCAACCAAAAUGGCCAACAUUAAUGGUAAGACCCUGGGCUCAGAGAGACAAGAUGGAGAUAAUAUGAGACAGUGUCAGUCGGCACACUGAGCUCUAUCAGUGAAUUGACUAGGCGGGGAGGCAGGGGACCUAUUGAAUGGGCAAAGCAGUGUCUCGUUUCAAACACCGGAAAGAUCAGGGCACAGUUAAAGUUACAGUACCUAUCUUCCCAAGCCGUAGGGGCGCUUACACAUAUAGGGACUGGCUGUCUGUCCACUGUAGAGCCAUGCAUUUAGUGACCGUGGGUUUGGAGAGGAGUCUGAACGUCAGGAGAACAGCUACAGCCAGGGGUCUAUGGGGAGAUUUUGACCACUCACUGACCAUGAGUGUUUGAGACCGUACCAACUAUGCAGAGGUGUGUGUCUGCCUGCUUAGUGAUGGGACCAGUAUUGCAAUAUUUUUUCCAUGGCAAAAAUUAAACUAUUUGGUCCUUUAAAAACCUGCUCAUCCCGGCCCUAGUGGUGACCAUCCAGAGUUGUGUUGUAGCUUGUUACAGCACCAUCUGUGUGGUUGUAUCUGUAUGUAAGAGGCUAGUAGCGUGAUCAGCUGGUUUGUGCCCCAUCGGACAUGUUACCUCUUUGGGCAGCAGGGUUGGCAGCAGGGUUGGCAGAGCCAAGGUGUUUCACAAGGGGUACUCUGGGACUUCCUGCAUGCCCCGUAGUGUUACAAUGGCUGGGUGGUGGUUUUAGUUGUGGUGGUAAAUAAUGCCAGGUCAGGCUGUGAAUUGGUUGACUGGUAAUUUAUUAUGUUGUAGUAACGAUUGAGUCAGUCAGUCAGUCAGUCAGUCAGUCAGUCAGUGCUCAGCUCUGUGGUGGUUAGUUCAGUCAGAAGAGUGCUGAAUUGUAUUUCCUCAUGGGGUAAAAGAAUGCCGCAGUUGGCACAGAUAGAGAGGUUUCCCUAAGAUUAUGGCAAAUAUAGCUUUCAAUUUGGUCUGUGGUCACGUGUGUGCAUGUGUGUGUAUGCCUGUGUGUGUGUAUGUAACCCCCCAUUCCCCCUUCCCCACUUCAUAUUGUCUGUACUAUUCUCAGAGAGUUCAUUAUAUAACUAUAUUAACUUCAACCAAUAUAGACACGGCUUAGUAUAGAGUCAAUCUAUUGGACCGUCACAUGAGGGGUUUGUUUUGCUCCGGCAUUAGUAUAACUUGUCUUGUAUGUCUUCCUUUUCUUAGUGCACUUAGUCUAUGCAUUGAACAGUCUUACCAUGUACUGGUCAAUGUCGCAAAGUGCCAACACAUCGAAGAGGGCUGUAUGCUACAGUUCCACCUGUUGGGACAAUGGACAAGUGUGUGUGUGCCGGAGGCUUUAUAGGUAUUAAUAGUGUGGGGUAAUGUUUAUAAAUAGUCCUCCUGCUGGUCAGAUAUGUCAGUGCACUCUAUUCUAAUUCCCAGGGCCAGGCUGACUCAUACACUAAUAGCCAUGGAGUAAUGACCACAUGCCUUUGUCACUACAGUUUACCACGUCCGAGGGUUAGCGAGCUGCUAGUGUUCAGCUUCAUUACACUGUGCUAUCAGUGUUUUGGCUGUAAUGUCUCUGUUGGUUGGCGCUACUUUGACUUAUUCCAUGGAGGGAUCAGGCCAGGGGAGCCUCCAUUUUUGUAAUGAGAGCGCCCAGUCGCAGCGGCUCCAGUUGCUGGGUGACUGAUCGAGGGAGACGGACAGGGUGUAGAGAGGGGGUGGUAGCGGGCUUGAAGACUGUCAGCAGGUGCUCUCCGAGGCAACAUUUAAAUUCAGGGUUCCUGCUCCUCUCCUCUCCUCUCCUCUCCUCUCCUCUCCUCUCCUCUCCUCUCCUCUCCUCUCCUCUCCUCUCCUCUCCUCUCCUCUCCUCUCCUCUCCUCUCCUCUCCUCUUUUCUUUCCUCUUCUCUCUCCCAUCCUCUAUACAGUGUGCAGGCUAUAUUAAGUCCAUGUUAGGCUUGACGUCUCCCCCUGCUCCUGUGUGUGUUUUCUCUCUGCUUGGUGAUCACUGUCCCACUGCUCUGCCUCUGCACAGCUGAAAGGCCUUCUGGCCCACUGAGCACUGGAGAGUCAGAGCCAAACAGGGACUGACUGGCUGGUGAUGCUGUCGGGGUUUUGUAAAAGGCACAUAGGCAGGAACAGUGAGGAGGAGAGACUCUUGCAGCUCUGACUGUCCCUGCUGCCUUUAGCAACCAACUAAAAUAACAAGAGGAAGUGUCAGAUGCAUGGGCUUGUCCCCUCCCCCACCCUGCUUCAAUGAAGACUCCUGAGUCCAUGUUGGCUUCCACUCUGUUUCUCAUUGGUUUCUAUGUGAAGAGAACAUGUUGACUUUGCAACUUUCUUAUUUCUCCACCUUUUCUCCCUCUCUUGUCAAUUCCCCUCCCUAUCCCUCUAUUACCAACUAUCCUUCUCUGUCUCCUCUGCUCUCCCCUCCACUCCUCUCCUCUCCUCCUCCUCCUCUCCUCAGUGAUGGAUCUGAUCUACUGGAAGGACACAGAGUGUUCAGGCAUGGUAUUCACAGGGCUGGUGGUGGGCCUCCUGUCCUUGUUCCAGCUCAGCAUCAUCACAGUCAUCUCCACCAUCUCCCUGGGCAUCAUGUGCUUCACCGUCUCAGUCCGCCUCUACUAUAACAUCCUGCACGUGCUCAGCAUGGGAGACGGAGUGCACCCCUUCAAGUGAGUGGCUGGCCACCUGGGAUGGGAUGGGAUAGAAUGGGGUGGGAAGUGUUCCUAUUAAAUCUGGAGGGGGUCUCUUCUCUUGACAUAUUCAUCAUCUCUGCUCUCCAUUCACUUUGUCCUCUCUGCUCUUUUCGAAAUAUUUCCUAUUUUCCCCUUUAUUCCCUUGUCUUCUUCCUCUCCUCUCCCCUCUUCUUUUCUUACUUCUUCUCGCCUAUCCUCUCCUCUUUUCCCUCAUCUCCCACUCCCUCCCACUCUCGUUUAUCUCCUAUCUUCUCUAAUAAUGCUGUGGGAGUAGCAUUCAGGAAUAGGUUCUCAAUUGGCUGGAUUCCUGCACCGCCCAAAAUAAAUUCACAGUCCAGUGGGCUUGACUUUGAAAACGGUAGUGUGUUUUAUGAUUUGUUUAGGCUAACCACUGCUGUUUGAUAAAAUAGUUGAUAGACUUCAUCCAUCAUGAUCUGAAAAGAAUAUCUGUUCUGAUGGAAAUCAUUGAGGCAUAAGACAACAAACUGUGUAUGCAUCAGGUUGUGUUCGUGGCGACUAUCACUCAUUUUCUAAUCAACACUCACUCUUUCCUCCUUCCCAUUGGUCCUUGAUCAUGGACUCUAUCUCCCUCUCUUUCUCCAUCACUCCCCCCCUAUCACUCUGGUUUUAAUGCGGCCCCCCACUAUUUCUCUCCUCAGGGCGUAUCUGGAUCUGGACAUCAGUUUCAGUGGGGAGCUGGCUGACCAAUACAUGCAGAAGGCCAUCGUUACAGUUGUCUCUGCUGCUAACUCACUCAAGAAUCUCUUCCUGGUUGGAAGCCUCUUCGACUCUCUCAAGGUGAGACUGCCUAGGUAUUGGAUCUCCUCGAUCUUCAUCUAGAAUUGGCCAGAAUAUGGCAGUGUACCUUUUAUACGCUCUCCUUCAAUAGCUCCUCUCAGUCUCGUUCAUUUACUUUUGGUUCAAAUAACCUUUUACACAAGAAAGCUCUUCAGAAUGGCAUAGACCCUUUUCCCCUCAAACCCCCCCCCCCCCCCCCCCCCCCCCCUCUCUCUCUCUCUCUCUCUCUCUCUCUCUCUCUCUCUCUCUCUUUUGCUCCUUUUCUUUCUUUGUCUGUCUUUUAAUCUCCUUACCUUCUCCUCCUUGUCUCUUGAACCCCAUCCAUUAUCGUGUUUACAGGAGGCUGUCUUGUCGUUGUGGAUUUACUUCAACAUUACUACCGCUAGCUGUCUGGGCUCUACUCUCUUUCAUGAGAACAGACAUCCAUCCCUCCCCUUUCUCUAUCCAUAUUUUUCUCUUCCUCUGUUCUGUGCUGUACUGGCAUCAGCCUGCCUCCCCGUUCAUUGGAGAUGACAACAUUGUCAUGCCCUCCGUCGCCAAAUGACAAAUGACGACUGUGUUUCCUAACAAGACCACUAUCAAAGAGAGCUGCUGUCAUACCCACAACUCACUGUGGUUCAUAUAAUUGUGAUAAUCAUGUAUAUACAGUCCUGCUGCUUUAAAUGUUCCCUUGUUUUUGGUUGCAUCGGAGUGUGAUGCAAGCAAACUGGCAGCAAGCACAAUUGCAAGUUUGUAGUACAUUGGGUUUUUAUUGGAUUCGCAUCGGGGUCAAUACACAAAGAACGUGUGUCGUAUUGUAAGGGUAACAAUAAGAAAGCAAUGCAACUGUAUCUUCCCAUUACAAGUGUCCCUGAGUGCUCUCAAAGCAUUGCAAUGGUGUCAUUUUUUAUGGAGGCUAAAACGACAUAGUACUCAUGCAAAGGCUAUGCAAAGGUUCUUGUCCUUUCCCUCUCCCCAUCCUAUGUAUGUGUUUCAUACAGAACAGGUAUGACAUUUCACUUACGGUUAUCUAGAAUUUCAAAGGGUUCUUCGGCUGUCCCCAUAGGAGAAACCUUUGAAGAACCCUUUUUGGUUGCAGGUAGAACCCUUUUGGGUUACAUGUAGAACCUUUUCUACAGAGGGUUCUACAUGGAACCCAAAUGGGUUCUACCUGGAACCCAAAUGGGUUCUACCUAGAACCAAAAAGGGUUCUCCUAUGGGGACAGCCGAAGAACCCUUUUGGAACCCUUUCUUUUAAGAGUGUAGGUCAGUCCUGACAUAUCGGUGAAACAUGUUCCCUUGUCAUAGUAAUACAAUAUACAGUUGAAGUCAGAAGUUUACAUACACCUUAGCCAAAUACAUUUAAACUCAGUUUUUCACAAUUCCUGACAUUUAAUCCUAGUAAACAUUCCCUGUCUUAGGUCAGUUAGGAUCACCACUUUAUUUUAAGAAUGUGAAAUGUCAGAAUAAUAGUAGAGAGAAUGAUUUAUUUCAGCUUUUAUUUCUUUAAUCACAUUCCCAGUGGGUCAGAAGUUUACAUACACUCAAUUAGUAUUUGGUAGCAUUGCCUUUAAAUUGUUUAACUUGGGUCAAACGUUUCGGGUAGCCUUCCACAAGCUUCCCACAAUAAGUUGAGUGAAUUUUAGCCCAUUCCUCCUGACAGAGCUGGUGUAACUGAGUCAGGUUUGUAGGCCUCCUUGCUCGCACACGCUUUUUCAGUUCUGCCCACAAAUGUUCUAUAGGAUUGAGGUCAGGGCUAUGUGAUGGCCACUCCAAUACCUUGACUUUGUUGUCCUUAAGCCAUUUUGCCAAAACUUUGGAAGUAUGGUUGGGGGUCAUUGUCCAUUUGGAAGACCCAUUUGCAACAAAGCUUUAACUUCCUGACUGAUGUCUUGAGAUGUUGCUUCAAUAUGUCCACAUAAUUUUCCUUCCUCAUGAUGCCAUCUAUUUUGUGAAGUGCACCAGUCCCUCCUGCAGCAAAGCACCCCCACAGCAUGAUGCUGCCACCCCCGUUCUUCACGGUUGGGAUGGUGAUCUUCGGCUUGCAAGUGACAACCUUUUUCCUCCAAACAUAACAAUGGUCAUUAUGGCCAAACAGUUAUAUUUUUCUUUCAUCAGACCAGAGGACAUUUCUCCAAAAAGUACGAUAUUUGUCCCCAUGUGCAGUUGCAAAUCGUAGUCUGGCUUUUUUAUGGCGGUUUUGGAGCAAUGGCUUCUUCCUUGCUGAGCGGCCUUUCAGGUUAUGUCGAUAUAGGACUCGUUUUACUGUGGAUAUAGAUACUUUUGUACCUGUUUCCUUCAGAAUCUUCACAAGGUCCUUUGCUGUUGUUCUGGGAUUGAUUUGCACAUUUCGCACCACAGUACAUUCAUCUCUAGGAGACAGAACGCGUCUCCUUCCUGAGCGGUAUGACGGCUGUGUGGUCCCAUGGUGUUUAUACUUGCGUACUAUUGUUUGUACAGAUGAACGUGGUACCUUCAGGCAUUUGGAAAUUGCUCCCAAGGAUGAACCAGACUUGUGGAGGUCUACAAUUUUUGUUCUGAGGUCUUGGCUGAUUUCUUUUGAUUUUCCCAUGAUGUCAAGCAAAGAGGCACUGAGUUUGAAGGUAGGCCUUGAAAUACAUCCACAGGUACACCUCCAAUUGACUCAAAUGAUGUCGAUUAGCCUAUCAGAACCUUCUAAAGCCAUGACAUCAUUUUCUGGAAUUUUCCAAGCUGUUUAAAGGCACAGUUAACUUAAUGUAUGUAAACUUCUGACCAACUGGAAUUGUGAUACAGUGAAUUAUAAGUGAAAUAAUCUGUCUGUAAACAAUUGUUGGAAAAAUUACUUGUGUCAUGCACAAAGUAGAUGUCCUAACCGACUUGCCAAAACUAUAGUUUGUUAACAAGAAAUUUGUAGAGUGGUUGAAAAACUAGUUUUAAUGACUCCAACCUAAGUGUAUGUAAACUUCCGACUUCAACGGUGUACAGCACAUGUUGUAUGCUUGCAAACUUCGACUAAUAACAAAAUCUAAAGCUAAAUUUUUUAUCAAAUGAUAAAGUGUUUCUGCUAGAAACCUUCCUUUUAGACUUCAUUCAUUUUCUCUCCAGUUUACCGGGACAGUAGAACUAAAACAUUGGCAAAUUGAAUCAACAACAGUCAUAUGCGUUGCACAAUAAUGCUUCAGGGUUAAAUGUAAAUGUACAGCAGGAGUACUUAGUGUGACUUAUCUCAGUUAGUGAGAGCCAGUGUGACUGUGCCACGUAGCCUUGAGCCUGAUCCCCAGAAGCCCCAGAGCCCCGCGAUAUCAACCCUGACCUGGCCGGUAUGUGACAUGGGACACAGGUGGCUGUUCACCCAGUUACAGGGGCGAGAGGAGUUUCGUCUUCUCUGAGAGGGGGGUGUCCCGUUUCAGGAUGGGGGUAAGGGUCCGAAGUGACAACCCACUGAGCUAUAUUACACGAACUCCAGAAGGGUUAUGGUGGAUGAUCUGGGAAUAAUGUACUCAUUCAUUUGUCAGGGACCAUGUGCAAUUUUGACAUAUGAUGCAUGCAUUCAUUAACAUAUUACAGUGACUUACAGUUAGUGCAUUCAUUUUAAGAUAGCUAGGUGGGACAACCACAUAUCUCAGUGAUAGUAAGUACAUUUUUCCUCAAUAAAGUAACGAUCAGGAAAGUCAGAGCUAGUAAGGGGGGGGGGGGGGGAAGUCAAGUGUGAGUGUUAGUUCACGAAAGGUGUGGAGGGUUUGCAAGGAGGGGUGCUGUGGGAUUAUUUAAGAUACUCUUUGCAACACAUUUACCACAAGCUUGUGUGGUCUUUGGUGGUCAGUUGCUUGCAUUGCCAGGAUAGUGGGUUCAAUUCCCGGGGCCACCCAUACUUAAAAUGUAUGCAUGCAUGACUGCAAGUUGCUAUGGAUAAAUUUGUCUGCUAAAUAUAUUUAUAUUUUGAUGGGAUUUUUCAAUCCUUAAUGCAAAGAGUACAUUCAAUUGUGCAUUGUGUAUGUGGAGCUCACUGUGUGUUUCCUCCCGUUCUUUUCAGCUCCUGGCUCUGAUGUACCUGGUGACCUUCCUGGGAGACCUGUGUAACGGCCUUACAGUGCUCAUCAUUGGUGAGAAUCACAGACACAGUUAGAAUCAGUAUUUGAAUAACUUUAUUGUAUUGCCAUUCAAAAAUCAUGAUGGCCAUUUGUCCUGUAGAGACGGAUACAAUUGGUUGAUGAAUGCUGACAUUGUCGCAUAUUUUACUUCUAGUAUUUCAGUUGAAGACAGCGCUUCUAUUGUUUUAUCAACAUCCUUUUGAUUUUAAUAAAAGUGUAUGCCAUGUUGUUAGUCUGAAGAAGCUAUAUACUCAAUCAGAAGGCAUAACACAUGCUCACUCCUCCCUUUCUAUCUUCCUCUUCUCCAGGUGUGAUCGCCCUCUUCUCUCUACCACUGUUCUACAGGCAGAACCAGGUCAAAUCUCACUCACGCUGCUGACAACUGCUACCCUGAUUAAUUCAGUAAAAGAAGGUACUUCUGUCAGUUGUUCAAAUGAAGUGUGUUUCUCACCAAUACCCUUUUUGAUGUUCCAGGCAAAAGUGGAUGGCUUCUUUGCAGGAAUUCAGGCAAACAUUGACAACGUCAAGGACAUGUGAGUAUGGCGCCAUCUUACGGCACAACAGUGGAAUUAAACAUUCCUCUUUCCUUCCUGUAGUUUUCCAAUGCAGCUCUGCAGACCCUGAACUGAAUUCUGAAUCACUGUGACAUUUACUCAAUUUGUAAUGGCUGGCAGUAUUGGAGAAAUGGUAUAGAAAAAGCAUAUAACCUUUGUCAAUGACCAAUGAAAAUGAGAUAAUGUGAUAUUGACCCCUCUCUUUAAUACAGUCUCCACAGAAUUGCCCAAGGUGGUGGCCCCACCCCUGACCCAACCCCUGGCGGUGCCAAGCCCAAAACACAAUGAAGAGUCAUGGCGGACAGGAGGAUGAGGAGCAGAGAAGAGAAGGAGUUACAGGCUGUCACUCAGAUGUCUUACUCAGCAGUCUGUGCUCAGAGCUCCAGAAGGCGGAGCUUCUGAGAUUGGGGCGGGUUGUGUGGGGAGUCGAAGCAUGGGGUUGGGACAUGAUGAUACUGUAUACUGUAUGGUGGGAUUGGGUAGGUUGCUAUUGGGUGAGGAUGAGGGAACGGAAGUGAUAUCUGGACGAGAGUUGUUGCUGUUUCGAAGGAAGAUUUAAGACACAGCUCAUGAUUGUUGGUACAGCAUUAAAUGACCUACAUGGGUGAUUGUGGCUUGAAUGACACAGACAGCUGCAGUCCAGUAAAGUAAUAAGACUGAUUGGAACCUCUAAUGCUAUGAGACCUGUGGGUUCCUUAUUAACAGCUGUAUAUCUGAUCAGAGGGAAGUAAAAACUUCAGUAUAGAGUCCAGCAGGACUGGAGUUCACCAGGAGCUAGGACAGGGUCAGUCCAGGGUCAGAGGUUGGAGUUCACCAAACUAGAGUUCAUCAUUAUUCAUGGCAGCCUAACACUUGGAAUCAGGAUGUGUGUGUGUGAGGGAAUGAUGGCACUUUUGUGCUCAUGACGAGUGUGUGUGUGUAUGUGUGUGUACACAGUAUGUGUGAGUUGACAUGCAGCUUGCUGAUCUGAACCUGUUACCUGAGAACUAUUAAAACCACAACUGUUCUUUUCAUUUCAAAUGUUCUGUUUCUUUUUGCCCAUAUGAUCAUCCACACGACAUUUGUAUUCAAUAACGUUGAACGUCUUCCAUUCUCAUUUCACCAGUCUAUACAACCAGUGAAGUUUCUAAAAUUACCCCCACCUUCAACUGUAGGAUACAACAGCAUAGUCAGAACCAGGCCUCUAAAUGUAUUUUCUGAAUUGACAUUCAAGAAGACAAUGAUCGAAAAUGUACACAGUAUGACUUUUAAAGAUCCGAAUAUCUGUGAGAAUGGAAUUGGGGAAAAUGCAGUUAGUUAGGGUUUCAUCUGAGAUUGAGGUAAAAGGAAUUUGGGUAAUACAGUACUGAGUAUUGAAGGUUAAACCAGAGCUCGGUUGAUGGAGUAUUGAAACAAUUAUAUUAAUCUCCUUCAUCGUCAGCCAGAAUAUGGUUUGAUAUGACAGGCCAAUUGAUAUAGAUACAGAGGCACACACAUGUCCCUCUGGUAAUGCAUCAGAAGUAUUUAUGCAGAGGAGUUGAAAAAAUAAAAGGCUAGAUGGAUAAUUUAAAGAUCUAUGGAGGGGGUAGUAUUACCAAAAUAUUGAACCCCCAUCACCCACACAGAGGGUACCUCUAGCCUAAUCUCUCGUGGACAGAUGCACGCAACAUAGGAUGGUAUCGUAGUCUGUCAACAGACUGUGGGAUGCGUUGACUAAUGAGGAAAUUUGUUCCAGUGUGCAGAUUUUUUCAUCACUGAUCAUUUGGCCAAAUCAAGAUUUCACAGGUGUUCGUAUCUUUCAAAUUUCAGAAGGGGAGGGGACAUUUGGCCCAUGCUUGGGCUGAGCGUUUCGGUUUAGGGGGGUGGAGACUUCGCUAGUCUCGUAAGUAUCUUUUCUCAUACAUCACCCCCAAGAACCUAAUUGAGCAUCUGACGCAAUUACGUGUGAUUUUAGUUCUGGGUUUCCGAGAUUAC